CUUGGAAAUGACUACAAGAAAUAAGGCGAGCAAAAAGCAAAUAUUUCUUCUACCAGGAAUCAAAGGUUGCGCAAGCAUAUUUAAUUCAUUGGCCUCGAAAAUUAAAAGUCCCGUUACAUGUUUGCAACACGGAGCAAAUAAUAUCCCCAUGAGCGAAUCCGUGCUGCAGUCGGCUGCCACUCUAAUACCUCAUAUAAUAUCGAAGAUAGAGAAUUCCGCAGAAUUCAUAAUAGUUGGGUACUCGUAUGGGACAUUAAUUGCUAUCGAGGUAAUGAGACUGUUGGAGGCCAGAAAUUUCACAGGAUAUUUAGUAUUAAUCGAUGGCACGCCUGACUGUGUGAGAACUAUGAAAGAACAUCAUUUUCCUUUCACCAAUCUCCAGGAAUUUCAAAACAAUAUUCUCCUAAAUCUUAUGGAUUUAUUUUACUCCAUCAAUAAUACAUCGAUUUUAAUACAAUUGUCCAAGCACGACACGUGGGAGAAGAAGUUGGAUGCUUUUAUCGAAUGUCUCCCAGACGAUAUUAUACAAUUGACUUCGAUUGAAAAUUACAAGACUUAUUAUACGAUAAUUUAUAAGCAUCUGAUCGCUGUUCACGAAUAUAAUGCGUCUUUACUGCCGCCACUGAAAUCACAUAUAUUGUUACUAAAACCCACAACGCCGUAUUUACUUUCUGCAGAUGAAAAUUACGGCUUGAAUAAGAUAACCAAAGGUAACGUACAAGUCCGCCAUGUCGAAGGUAAUCAUCUCACGAUGUUGGAAAGCAAUGAACUUGCUGAUAUUAUUAAUGAAAUAUCGUCUUAAGCAGUUAAGUUUUAUAAUGUUGAAAACUUCGCGAUUUUGUAAAUCGAAGGAGUUAAGGUGGAAUGUGAACAGGGAUACGCAGACAUUUAUUGUAAACAAAGCAAUGAUAAAAUCUAAUAAACUGGUAUAAACUAUAAGCUGGUAUAAACUAUAAGCUGCUGUAUUCUCUUAUAAUUUUUUAUGGUAAAUAUACCGGAAGAGAGAACCCAUCUCCAUUGACCUUAAUUUCUACAUAUAUUUUCAA